AUGCCUGAACCCACCAAGUCCGCUCCGGCGCCGAAGAAGGGCUCCAAGAAGGCGGUGACCAAGGCGCAGAAGAAGGACGGCAAGAAGCGCAAGCGCAGCCGCAAGGAGAGCUACUCGGUGUACGUGUACAAGGUGCUGAAGCAGGUGCACCCCGACACCGGCAUCUCGGCCCGGCGCGGCGGCGUCAAGCGCAUCUCCGGCCUCAUCUACGAGGAGACCCGCGGGGUGCUCAAGGUGUUCCUGGAGAACGUGAUCCGGGACGCCGUCACCUACACGGAGCACGCCAAGCGCAAGACGGUCACGGCCAUGGACGUGGUCUACGCGCUCAAGCGCCAGGGCCGCACCCUCUACGGCUUCGGCGGCUAAGAUUUUGCUUACUUGAGCGAAUCCUGUUGUAGCUCUAAAGGCCCUUUUCAGGGCCACCCAUCUAUCCACUCGAAGGAGCUAUCGGCACUGGUGUAUUUUCCCGUAUGUGGGGACUCAGGUUAGUGAAUGUACCUUGUAACCUGACCGCUAUGCCAUUCAUGCAGUUAAAACCAUGUUUUCUGCUUUUUGGGUGCAGUAAAUACCAAGACAACCUUUUAAGAUUUACAUUUCGUGGGUUUAAGCCAACAAGUGUUCAUCUACGUACUAUUUUGGUAGCGAUGCCUUGCAGAUGAAAUUUCCUAAGCACAUUAUGAAUAGCUUACACAAGAUUUUAAAAUUCAGUUCUUGUCUUUAGAAGUUAAAGCUUUAAUAUUAACUAGAGGGAAAUCUAAAGUAACUAGGGAAAGGGAUUGAGGAAAGCUUGGACUGAGCUGUUGAACGAAACCAACAAUGAGCAGGCCUAAGUAGCAUAUCGGGACUUUUCGCCUCUUUCCCCCUUCAGGUUAUGUAAAAUGGUUGCUUGAAAUAUAUUUAAGCUACAAAGAUUUGGGGAUUUCUCUUAACCUUGUCAUCUAUUUCCUGAGAAUCUAUAAUAAAAACAAUGUUAAGUCCUCUUACAAGUCCCCUGCUGUUUACUCUUUAAAGCCGGAAAGGGAGCUACACGGACACCUAACUCCAUGCUCGGGCUCAGCCUCCAGCAUGUUUGCUGAUGUGUGUGUGCUUACUUACAUAUGAAAGGGGGAGGGCUCUCCAAAAUGACCAGGCAAAUGGUCUUUUGUGCCUUCACUUCUAGAGAAAGUCACAGGCGGAGCCUAUUUAAGAGCACUUGAAGGUGCUUUGUAGCUUUGUCUGUACCUCUUAGCAUCAGUUCCUGCCUCCAGGCAAAUAGAACCAGAACAAUGUGGGGGGGGGGGGAGAUUAUGUUAGUGAACAUUCUUUGGUCUUUGGCUUCUUAGCUUUUAUGUUUCCUGAUAGGUCCUGUGAUGGCCUUAGGGUGACCCCCAGGGCUCCCCCUCCUAGGGCUCCCCCUUGUGAUCUACCCCUUGAGUGUAAUGUGACCUGUGACAUUUCCAACCCAGAGUACUACAAAGGAGGGAAUUUACUGGAUAUGAUUAUUGUUAACUAGCAUGUAUGUUACAUAAAAUCUAUCUUCCUCGA